AUGGCUGAUCCCGCAACUCAAUCAAAUUAUCUUUCUAUUGCUACUCAACAUGUUGCCCUGGAUUGGACACUAGAUUUCAAUCAGAAGAUUAUCUCUGGUUCUGCAACGCAUAGGCUGACCAUCAUAGAUGAAGAAGUAAAAGAAGUAGUUUUUGAUUCUGGAGGACUGGAUAUCAUAUCAACUGAGGUAGCAGGAAAUGAAGUUCUGUUCAAGCUGGACGAAAGGCAUCUAGUUAUGGGCUCAGCUCUCCAUAUCCCAUUCUCUGAGCCAAUUCACAAAGGCGCAAAUGUUGAGGUCAAGAUAACGUAUAAGACCGCUGCUGAUGCGGUAGCUCUCCAGUUCCUGGAUAAAGAGUAUCAGACUCAAGGGAAGAAGUUCCCAUAUUUGUUCAGCCAGUGUCAGCCUAUAUAUGCUCGGACCAUGGCUCCCUUGCAAGAUACUCCGUCUCUCAAGAUUACAUACAGCGCGAAAGUUACUUCGGUGCUGCCGGUUCUGAUGUCAGCUAUCCGCGUGUCUCCACCUCCGCAGGGCCCUCCUCACGAUGGCAAAGUAAUAGGGAAGGAUGUCGUGACCUAUUCCUACAACCAACCUACACCGAUCCCUUCCUACCUCAUUGCGAUUGCCUCUGGUGAUGUUCGCUUCAGACCCUUCCCACGAGAACGGGGAAAAGACUGGACAAGUGGAAUCUGGGCCGAGCCUGAGUUGAUUGACGCUGCGUAUUGGGAAUUCAGUGCAGAUACGAAUAGAUUCCUUGCAGCGGAGGAAAAGAUAGUUGUACCAUACAAAUUUGGUGUUUAUGACCUUCUUGUCCUUCCGCCGUCAUUUCCUUAUGGUGGCAUGGAAAAUGCUUGUCUCUCGUUUCUCACUCCAACACUCUUAACUGGGGAUAGAACACUAGUCGACGUAGUAGUCCACGAACUAACACAUUCUUGGUUCGGAAACGGCGUCACGCACACCCAUGCAUCCCAUUUCUGGCUAAACGAAGGAUGGACAACAUAUAUCGAGCGACUCCUUCAACAGGUCCUACACUCUCCAGCUCAUCGCGGAUUCUCAUAUUUGAUCGGAUAUAAAGCCCUAUUGCGUUCUUUGGAAGAAUUCGCGACGAGGCCGAGGUACCAGCGCAUGGUUAUUGAUUUUGAGAAGGGUGAAGACCCGGAUGACGCGUAUAGUAGGGUGCCGUAUGAGAAGGGGUCGAACCUUUUGUUGCAUCUAGAGAGGGUACUCGGUGGACUUGACGUCUUUCUGCCAUACAUAAGGGACUAUGUCAAUACCUUCAUGGGCAAAAGUAUCGAUACAGAUACCUGGAAGAAGCACCUGUACGCCUACUGGAGUAAGCGUGAUAGCAGUAAAGUAGAAGUACUCGAUCGCGUUGAUUGGAACGGAUGGUUCUUUGGCGAAGGCCUAACCCUCCCAGUAGAGAUGGAGUACGACACAACACUCGCACAACAAGCAUACGAACUAGCAGCGCGUUGGGAUUCUUCAAGGGAUAAAGACGUCUCAACCCUCGACUUCAAGUCUAGCGACCUCGAGAACUUCGAUACCAACCAGAAAAUCGUCUUCCUCGAACGUCUCCAAAUCUACCCCCCACUCCCACCUUCGCACCUAACCCACCUCAGCACACUCUACUCCCUCCGCUCAACUCAAAACACAGAAAUCCGCUAUCGUUUCUACGAACUCGCACUUCUCCACCCCGAAGCUUCACCAGAAAACGCGAAAAUCAUUGCGCAGGAAGCUGCGAAGUGGAUUGUAGGAGAAGACGGAAGUGGUGUGUUGAAGGGAAGGAUGAAGUUUUGUAGACCUGUUUUCAGGGCUGUGAGUCGUGCGGAUGAGGAGGUUGCGAGGAGUGUGUUUGGGAGGUGGAGGGGGGCGUUUCAUCCGAUUGCGAGGAGGUUGAUUGAGAAGGUGAGGAUGUUUUUUUUGUUUACUUAUGAAUAUUGA